CUCUUCCUCAUAUCACUGCAUGUUCACUGCUAGCUCCUAUUUGUUCCUCACCGCACACUCAAUCGUUUGAAACAAAAAGAGAUAACGACUAGUCAUUUUCUAUAUAUUUUCAGACACUUUAGUCACUCUCUCUUAAUACAAUAAGCUUAAAGUUAAACCAUAUAUUUUCUUCUUACUCGCUCGAACUAUCUAGACUGGCUGGGUUUUUUUUGUAUAUAUGUAAAAUGGGAGUACAAGGAACUUUGGAAUACUUCUCUGAUUUACUCAGCAGCACAAAAAAGAAGAAGAAGAAGCAAACCCAAACCGUGGCUCUGAAAAUCAGAAUGGAUUGUGAAGGCUGUGCUCGCAAGGUUAAGCAUGUCCUUUCUGGAGUUAAAGGAGCUAAGUCGGUGGAUGUGGAUUUGAAGCAGCAGAAAGCAACAGUGACUGGAUAUGUAGAGCCAAAGAAAGUGCUGAAAGCUGCACAGUCUACGAAGAAGAAGGUUGAGCUGUGGCCGUAUGUUCCGUACACUAUGGUGGCUCACCCUUAUGUUUCUCAGGCCUAUGAUAAGAAGGCACCUCCUAAUAUGGUGAGGAAGGUCGCUGACACUUCCAAUAUAUCAGAGACCACCGUCGACGACACCUACGUACAAAUGUUCAGCGAUGAAAACCCAAAUGCCUGCUCUAUCAUGUAAUUUUAUUAACAUCAUUGAUUAGUUACUAAUUAAGAUAUAUAUAUUGAUUAGUUACUAAUUAAGAUAUAUAUAUAUAUAUAUAUAUAUAUAUAUAUAUAUAUAUAUAUAUAUAUA